GGUAAUGGAAACGACCGUCAAGUUGCAAGAAGUUGGAACAAUGAAAGAUCUCAUAGCAAGGUAUAUCUCCAUCAACCAACAAUUACCUGUGAGAAUAUCAGCGGGUUUAACGGGCAUAUAAAUAUGAACAAAAAUGGAAUUUUCGCUUCUGGAUUAACUAUAUCAAAAAGGGAUCUCGAUGAUGAUGAUUUCCAACCUGUUCCUGUCCGUCAACAAAAGCGGAAAAAAAAUCUAUCGCUAUCAAAGGCCAAAACUACAAAGAAUACGUCAUCAUCACUACCAAAAGCAGUACUAGGAGUGUCACCAGGAAGUGGAAAUCUUAUUCUUAAUGUAAGAAUUAUACUUGGAUCAACGACCACAAAUUUCCGAUCCGUUAGAUCUGUCUUUGAAGAAGACAAUCAACGGCCAAGAAGAAUUGAAUUAGAAGAUCAAUGA